AUGAUAACAAUAUCCACUUUUGGUACAACGAAAAGAAAACCACUCCUUGAUUACAAUGGUUUUUCUUAUGUGAAAGACCGAUCAACAACUGAAAAAAUUUACUGGCGUUGUAGUAGAUACUCAACACAACAUUGUCGUUCUCGUUUACAUACAUGUAUUGUAACUAAUAAUAUUGUAAAACCACCAACUGAACAUUCAUGCACAUUUGAUGGUACAACAUUGGAGCUUCGAAAAUUCCAUCAACAACUUAUUGACCGCGCCAAGAACACACAAGAACCACCGGAUAUAGUUAUCACUAAUUUAGGUAUGUCUGAUCAAGCAGUCAGUCGUUUGCCUAUUCGCGACAAUGUAAAACGACGAAUUAGAAAAAUACGUUCAAAGAAUGAUUAUACAGCUGUACCAAAUGAUCCAAACUUUCUUUCAAUUCCAUUUGCAUUAUGCAAAACCCAGCGCGACAGUCAAUUCUUACGAUCUGAUACUGGUUCAGGUAUAUCCCACGACACAUUAGUUGUCUUAACUGUAUUUUUGCUGUUUCUUAUUUACUUAGGUGAUGACAGAAUAUUGAUAUUUGCAAGCGACGAACAGCUCGAAAUUCUUCAAUCUGCUCAUCAUUUUAUGUCUGACGGUACUUUCAAAAUCGUACCUGAAGUAUUUUAUCAAUUAUAUAUUAUACAUGCGGUUUACAGAGAUCAUGUGACUCCAGUUUGUUACGCUUUGCUACGUCGGAAGGAUGCAUCUACAUAUGAACGCUUAUUCAAUGAAAUCCUUAAAUUUGCACCAGAAUGGACGCCUGAAUCAAUGAUGAUUGACUAUGAAAAAGCCUGUAUCAAUGCUUACCAAUCAGUUUUUCCAGAUGCGCUAUUAUCCGGCUGUUACUUUCAUCUCAAACAAAAUCUUCAUCGUAAACUACAGGUAUGCAUGACUUAUUAUAAAUAUUAGUAUUUUUCAUAAUCUCUUUCAAUUUAGUCAUUAGGAUGGCAAACUCAAUAUCAAACUGAUUCAGUUUUUGCGCAUAAUAUCCACAAAUUUGGAGCACUCGCAUUCUUAUCACCAAAUGAUGUAAUUAAAGGAUUCGAAAGUUUAUCUUUAAAUCUCAACGAUGAGUAUCAAGACAUGAUUGACUACUUUGAAGAGACUUAUAUAGGUAAACUUUCUGUCUUGAAACUACUCCAAUAGUAAAUGUUUCUUUAGGGAGACUUCGACCAAAUCAUACACGACGAAAACCUAUGUUUGACAUUGAUUUUUGGAACAUGUUCAAUCGAACAACCCAAUCCUCCAUGCGUACUAAUAAUUCUGCGGAGGCUUAUCAUCGUCGUAUCGGUUCUAUCUUUCAAUGUUCUCAUCCCACCUUAUGGAUCUUCUUGGAGAAAUUACUUGCUGAAGAAAGUAAUAUGCAUGCUGACAUUUUGCAAGUAAAAGCCGGUCAGCCGCCAAAGAAUAAGAAAAAAAAUCAACAUUUUGAGACUCGCUUAU